CCUCUCACCACACUCCUCCAGCUGGCACGCUCCCUGAUGUCGCAGGCAUCUCCAGCGCCCGCGCUCGCGCGUCGCGCCCAGCAGCUGCUGCUCGACUCGCUCGGUGCCGCGCUCAGCCCCGACGUCGAGGGCUCCUUCGCUGCAGCGCCGCUUGCCGGCAAUGUCUCCGUCGCUGAUGUCUGGCUGACGGGCAAGCAGCCGGCCCUGCCGCGCCCGCCGGGCAAGCUGGCCGGCCUCUGCCACGACGCAGAGGGCUGGGGCCCCUUCUCGCAGCAGCGCGACCUCGACCUCACGCCGUGCGCCUGGGACUUCUGGCUGCUCUGCAUCCCGGCGCUUCUCUUCGGCCUGUGGGCUGCACUCGACCUCUCGCUUCUGGCUCGCAAGCCUGCUCGGCCGCUCUCGCGCCGCUCGACGCACGUCCUGCGCGCCAAACAGGUGCUGCUGCUCCUCCUCGUGGCGCUCUCUCUCGAGACGUGCAUCUCGGCCGGCGUGCGGGGCCCGUUCCCCUCCUUGACCUUCGUCGUGGCGCUGCUGCACUCUGCCGCAUACGCCGUACUGCUGCCGCUCGUGGCGCACAACCACACCAAGCAGCGCCGCGCCUCGACCAGCGCGCUCCUCUAUCUGCUCCUCCACAUCCUCGUGCUGGCGGCCAGGCUGCGCACCGAGUUCGUGGCGCGCCAGCACUCGCCGCAGCACGUCGCCGUCUCGGCGGGCGUGCGCAUCGCAGCGCUCAGCCUGCUUGUUGCCGUCUUUGGCCUCGAGUGCGCCGGCCCCUCCGUCGGCGGCCCGGCGCAGGGAGCGUACGCACCCGUGGCGCAGGAGGAGAACGAGUCAGAGGACAGCACGUUCAGCAACUUGCCCGACGAGGAAGGCAGCGCAGGCCCGUCGAAAGAGCGCAGCGAGCAGGACAAGGAGUGCCCAGAGAACACGGCCAACAUCUUCUCGCGCCUGGCCUUCUGGUGGAUGGGGCCCAUGAUGACGCUCGGUGCGCAAAAGUACCUCAAGGAGGACGACCUGUGGGCGCUGCCGCCCGGCGAGGACGCCGAGAACCUGGGCCUGCGCUUCGAGCACUACUACGCCACGCUGCGCACCUCUGCGGGCAAGCCGCGCAUCUGGACGGCGCUGGGCGCCGCCUACGGCGGGCCGUAUGCAUUCGCUGCCAUCCUCAAGGCCGUGCAGGACUGCCUGGCCUUCGCGCAGCCUCAGCUGCUGCGUCGUCUGCUCGUAUUCGUGCAGAGCUACGGCACGGAACAUGCGCAGCCGGCGUCGCACGGCUUUGCUCUCUCGGCCAGCAUCUUCCUUGUGGCCGUCGUGCAGACGAGCUUCCUGCACCAGUACUUCCAGCGCUGCUUCACCACGGGCAUGCGCGUGCGCGCCGGCCUCGUCAGCGCCAUCUUCAAGAAGUCGCUACGCCUCAGCAACGAGGAUCGCGCGGGCAAGAGCACGGGCGAGACGAUCAACAUCAUGAGCGUGGACGCGACGCGCCUGCAGGACCUCUGCACGUACGGCCACAUCCUCUGGUCGGCCUUCUUCCAGAUGACGCUGGCCUUCAUCUCUCUGUACGAGCUGCUGGGCUGGAGCAGCAUGGUCGGCGUCGCCAUCAUGGUCAUCUCCGUGCCGCUCAACACGGUGCUGGCGCGCUACAUGCGCAAGCUCAGCACCAAGCAGAUGAAGAUCCGCGACCGCCGCACCAAGUUCAUGUCGGAGAUCCUGAACAACAUCAAGAGCAUCAAGCUCUUUGCGUGGGAGGAGGCCUUCACCGCCAAGCUGCACCAGAUCCGCAACGUCGAGGAGCUGAGCAUGCUGCGCUGGUCCGGCAUCGUCUCUGCGCUCUUCCAGUUCUUCUGGACGGCCAUCCCCUUCUUCGUCUCGCUCGCCACCUUCACGACCUACUCGCUGACGCAGAAGGAGCACCUCACCGCCGACAUCAUCUUCCCGGCGCUGUCGCUCUACCAGCUGCUCUCCUUCCCGCUCGCCAUGGCCGCAGGCAUCAUCUCGGCCACGCUGCAGGCCACGGUGAGCGCCCAGCGCAUCUCCGAGUUCCUCGACUCGGGCGAGCUGGACUCCGACGCGCGCAAGGUCGAGCUGCCGCAGCAGCAGCACGAGCCGCUCAUUCCCGCCAUCGAGGCCAAGGCCGGCGAGCCGCUCGUGGAGCUCAAGGGCGCGUCGUUCAGCUGGAGCACCUCGCAGCAGACGCCAACGCUCAACGACAUUGACCUCAGCGUCGGCAAGGGCGAGCUGCUGGCCGUGCUCGGCAAGGUCGGCGACGGCAAGUCGAGCCUCCUCUCGGCCAUCCUGGGCGAGAUGCACCGCUGCAAGGGCGACCUGACGGUGCGCGGACGCACUGCGUACUUUGUCCAGGGCGGCUGGUGCAUGGGCAGCAGCAUCCGUGACAACAUCCUGUUCGGUCUGGCAUGGGAGCCAGACUUUUACAAGCGCGUCGUGGCCGCCUGCGCCCUCGAGCCGGACUUCGACGUGCUGCCCGACGGCGACGCAACCGAGGUGGGCGAGAAGGGCGUUUCGCUCUCGGGCGGGCAGCGUGCACGCGUGGCACUGGCACGCGCCGUCUACGCCCGCGCCGACAUCUACCUGCUCGACGACCCGCUGGCUGCCGUCGACGCUCACGUCGGCUCGCACAUCUUCAAGCACGUCAUCGGACCCGAGGGCAUGCUCAAGAGCAAGGCGCGCAUCCUCACGACCAACUCCGUCGCCUUCCUGCCGCACGUCGACCAGAUCGUCUCGUUCCUGCCGCGCGUCGGUAAGCUCUCGCACGAGCGCGGCACGUACGACGAGGUCAUGGACAAGCACGGCGACGUGUUCAAGCUCAUCAACGGCCUCGGCAAGCAGUCGUCGCGCAGCCGCGAGCCCUCGCGCCCAUCGUCGGACAACGAGGAGGAGCCCGAGGACGCCGAGAAGAAGCUCGACUCGAGCCGCCUGAGCAAGCAGCGCUCGUUCAGCAGCGCCUCGAUGCGCCGCCCAAAGGCACUCAGCAAGGGCGCUGUGAAGCGGCAGACGGUGCGCGACCUGCGCGAGUCGACGAAGCCCAAGGAGAAGAGCGAGGAGGGCGCUGUCUCGUGGAGCGUGUACAAGACGUACGCCUCGAGCGCCAGCGUCUGGGGCUCCAUCCUCUACCUCCUCUCGCAGGUCCUCACGCAGGUGCUGCAGGUCGGCCGCGACUGGGUGCUCAAGGCGUGGGCGGGCGCCGAGCCGGGCCACGACAAGUACUACCUGACCAUCUACGCCAUCAUGGGUCUCUCGGGCAGCCUGGCGAUCUGCGUCGGCCCGCUCAUCCUCUACGCCUGGCUGGUCAUUGCCAGCGCACGGCGCCUGCACGACGGCCUCUUUGCCAGCAUCCGCAGCACGAAGCUGCAGUGGUUCGAGAACACGCCGACGGGCCGCAUCCUCAACCUCUUCUCCCGCGACGUCAACACCGUCGACGAGGUGCUGCCGCGCGUCAUCAGCUCGGCGCUGCGCACCCUCAUGGUCGCCGUCGGCGUUGUCUGCGUGGUGACCUACUCGGUGCCGCCGUUUGUGCUCGCCAUCAUCCCGCUGGCGUACGCAUACUCGAAGGUCAUGAAGUACUACCUGGCGACAUCGCGCGAGCUGAAGCGCCUCGACGCCGUGUCGAAGAGCCCCAUCUUCACCUGGUUCCAGGAGUCGCUCGGCGGCCUCUCCACGAUCCGCGCCUUCAACCAAGAGGGACGCUUCAUCGCCACGAGCGAGGCACGCGUCGACCGCAACCAGAUGGCAUAUUUUCCCGCCGUGUCGUGCAACCGCUGGCUGGCGGUGCGCAUCGAGUUCAUGGGCUCGUCGAUCAUCCUCGUCGCCUCAACGCUGGCCGUGUACCUCAUCACGAGCGGCUCGGGCCGCAUCGACGCCGGCCUCGUCGGCCUGAUGCUCUCGCAGGCGCUGAGCACGACGCAGACGCUCAACUGGCUCGUGCGCUCCGUCAGCGAGGUGGAGCAGAACAUCGUCUCGGUCGAGCGCAUUCUGAGCUACAGCAACCUCGAGGCGGAGCAGUACGAGGCCGCCUACACGGUGCCCGCGGAGCAGCAGCCGCCGAAGGGCUGGCCUGGCAAGGGCAAGGUGGAGUUCCGCGGCUACUCGACGCGCUACCGCGCCGGCCUGCCGCUGGUGCUCAAGGACCUCAACCUCAGCAUCGCGCCGGGAGAGAAGAUCGGCGUCGUGGGACGCACGGGCGCUGGCAAGAGCUCCCUCACGCUGGCGCUCUUCCGCAUCGUCGAGGCAGCGUCGGGCGGGCUGUUUAUCGACGGCGUCGACUGCAGCAAGGUCGGCCUGCGCGACCUGCGGCGCGCCAUUGCCAUCAUCCCGCAGGAUCCGCAGCUGUGGGAAGGCAGCCUGCGCGACAAUCUCGACCCCACAGGCGAGGCCGACGAGCCGGCGCUGUGGGCUGCGCUGACGCAGAGCGGCCUCAAGGACUACGUCAACGGUCUUGAUGGCCGCCUGGACGCUGCGCUGACCGAGGGCGCCAGCAACAUGUCUGCCGGCCAACGACAGCUGCUCUGCAUUGCGCGUGCACUCCUGCGCGGCUCGCGCAUCCUUGUGCUCGACGAGGCGACGAGUGCCGUCGAUCUCGAGACCGACGACGUCAUCCAGAAGGUGCUGCGCGAGAUCCGCGGCACGACGACGAUCACGGUGGCGCACCGCAUCAACACCAUCCUCAACGCCGACCGCGUGCUGGUGCUCGCAAACGGCGCCGUCGAGGAGUUUGCGUCGCCGAAGGAGCUGCUCGCAGACGAGAAGAGCCAGUUCAGAAGCAUGGCCCUCGAGGCGGGCCUGCUGGACCAGGACGACGAGGAGCCGCAGCAGCAGAAACAGGGCUGAGGCGAGACGGAAGACUGCAUCACCCCCCGCAUCCCUAGACUGCUCCAUCACAUAACUUAUCGACGGCCUGCAGCAGAUUAAUGCGAUGCUACUGGAUAC